GGGCGUGGACUUCCGGGAUAAGUUGCAAGGUUGUUUAAAGCUCAACAAAACAAACAGGUCGGCGGUGAUUUGUUUUGUUUUAUGUUACUUUAUUGUAUUUAUUUCACUCGUUUACGUUUCUCAGACACACGAACACAAGUUCAGUCAGGAUGUCGGGUCAUGCCGUUGAAUCUGCAGUGGGUUUGAACCCGGCUGUGCGCCCUCUGGACUGGCUCUUGGGGACGUGGGAAUCGGACGAGCCCGGGCAAGGCUCCUUCCCCACCAUCAAACCAUUCCACUACAAUGAGACGCUGUACUUCACUCACGUAGGACAGCCGGUCAUCAACUUCAUGUUUAAUGCGUCCCAUGGCGAGAGUAACAAGCCACUACACAGAGAGACCGGUUUCAUCCGGAUUCAGCCGGGCACCAACAACGUGGCCUUCAUCAUCGCUCAGAACUCAGGACUAGUAGAGAUUGAGGAAGGUGAGCUGGAUGGACAGAAACUCACUCUGCAGAGCCGAGCUUUGGCCAGGACAUCUUUCGCCAAGCAGCCAUUCGUCCAGCAGAUCUCCAGGGUCAUCCAGCUAAGAUCAGACGGAAGACUGGAGCAGACGGUGUGCAUGGCGCUGGAGAACCAACCCCUGACACAGCACUUACACAUCACCUACCGGCGAACUUCCUGAUCUCUGAAGAACUAACACUAAACAUCACACACACACACAAUUCUGAUUAAUUUACACUAGCCAGGGACAUAUAUUAUUAUUGUUCUUUGAUUAGUUAGCUUAACUACCUUUAGAAGUAUAAAUACCUCUAUUUCUCAUCAGGACUAAAAACAAAAGUGGUGGACAGGCCACGCCCAUAAGCGAGAUUUUCCCUUGCUAGCAUUAACGUAGGGUUAGCAUUUAUUACCUCAGUGUGGAAGGGAACUGUGCUGUUCAGGGUCAUAGUGAGUAAAAACCAUGUACUGGAA